UCUCACUCUCUCUCUCUCUCACUCUCUGCUAUGGAAAACCGGCUGAAAAUGCGAAUCUCUCGCAUGUUUCGGUCAUCAUUCGGGUCUUGCCGGAACCGGAACAUCACUGACGUUAUGGAAAAGGCAGUGUUCACCCCACCACCCAACCACCACGGUGGCUUCCACCACCUCAUCAUGAUAGAGCCACCGCCACCUCCACCACCAAGACCCCGUCCCUUUCCCUCCAUUUGUAAACCCAAGUCCUCCCAAACUUUCAAAACCAUCGACGACAAUUGCAUCUUGUCGUUUAAGGAUUCUCUCCCAAGACGCACCAGAGUCUCCGAGCUCUCAUCACCCUUUGCCGUCGACGGCGGCGGUUUCUGCCCCCCUGCGGCACCAAACACACCCCUCAACACAAUCUACGAACACGAGAAGAUCAAGAACAAGAACUCAUCGUCAGCGAGAGACUUUAAGAACAAGAAGAAAAAGAAGAAGAAUAAGAAGAUGGUUAAUGCCCAUAAGAAAAGAGACAUGUUCCCGUUUAAUUCUUGCGCCAAAGACACAAACUUUGGAGGGUAUUGGUGGUAUAGCAGCGACGAAGACGACGAAACAGACACGCUUUUCUCCUCCAAGAGCCUCUCUUCCGAUUCCUCAAGGUCUCGCCGGCGCAACCGUUCUCGCCGGAAAAACCGUGGCGGAGGGCGGAGCUCCGAUACGGGCGUGAUGCCAUUGCAAGGGAAGGUGAAGGACACUUUCGCUGUGGUGAAGCGUUCCAGUGAUCCAUACAGUGACUUCAGGACUUCCAUGGUGGAAAUGAUCGUUGAGAAGCAGAUAUUUUCACCAAAUGGUUUGGAGAAUCUGUUGCAGUGUUUUCUUUCUCUGAAUUCCUAUCAUCAUCAUAACCUCAUUGUAGAGGUCUUCACCGAGAUUUGGGAAGCGUUGUUCUCUGACUGGUUUUGAUAUUAUUAUUAUUAUUAUUAUUAUUAUUAUUAUUAUUAUUAUUAUUAUUAUUAUUAUAUUAGAAAAAUCUAGUAAAAAAUAAUAAUAAUAAUAAUUUGAUCAUCUUUCUCUAUGUAUGUAUGUGUUAGCUGCACUUGACUUAGUUUAGUUCUUCUAACUUGGUUUGCAUGUAUAAUAUUCAUAUCCAUCCUUUUCAUUUCUGUUAGUCUAAUGUUCUUG